CGCGUUACGCUUUAUCGGCAUUGCGAGAUUGCUCCUGUUAGUUUAUCAGGCGGUAGCCGCAGCCGGUGCCACACCACGACGUCAAGGGUGGGUGGCAGGAUGGCAUGAUGAAAAACAACCGCGUCCUAAGCUGCUCCAGGCGGAACAAGUGUCUGCUUUGCGAGGGACUCAGCUUCCAGAUGCCAAACAACAAUCACAGGUCGUGUCCGGCGCUAGUCAACAACGCGAAGGCUGGUUGGCAGGAUGGCCUUCGGAUGAGCGAUUUCCUAAACUCAAAGCGGAACAAGUGCAACAUGCUGUCCACGCGCAACAGCUUCCUGAUGCGAAACAAGAUACUGAGGAUACAACUACGACCUCUAGGAACCAACGCGUAGACGUAGAUGAGGUACAGAAGCUUCUUACGGUAAACGAACAACAAAUAGAUGAAAAUCUGUUUGAAGAUAUUGGACAAGGACGACUGCAGGUAAGAAACGAAUACCACACAGACAUUCCCUUUGAAGACGGAGAGCAACGAUUGGAUGACGAAGGAUCAGUCGGGUCACCAAGAAAGAUUCCAUACUGCAAUUGCUCCUUGCCGUAUACUGCUGGCUGGUGUCAAAACGAACUGGUGAAAACGAGCAGGCCGCCUGAUAGGACUUCGGUACUAUCAUUAGGAGGAGAGGAAGAAAUAGAAGAUGCAGCUGAUGAUAGAAAAAUAGUGUUUGUUGAGCUUGCUGGGACACAGACUAGUAAAGAAAAGCCCCCUGGCGGUCAACUUCAACAAGUGACGAGGAAUUGCACAAGCAUGGGUGGUGACGAACAUGGUAACGAAGAAGAAAAUGCACUCUGGUCCGUGGGCAAUCUGAAGAGAAGUAACAGUAGUGACGAAGUACAAAAAGAAACACUUCUUGGGAGGCCAGCGCAUCUCCCACCUCUUCCGUCGAAUGCCUUGAAUUUGCUCGAGGACGAGUAUGAGAAACUGAUGCGGGAUUGCUGCCUAGCUGGGACAAUGGCAUUUUUUUCUUGGCUAGAGAGCACAGAAACAGCAGUAGUGUCUUCGAUGGAAGAUCCUCAUACGCCUUCGUCUUCACUGCUUGCUGUGGCUGGUUCUGAGUGGAGCGACGAUAGUGAGUCAUCGUUGUUUCCGAAGAAGGAAGAUAAAAAUAGCGAGAAGAACUGGGAUGUACAAGAAAUAGUUCCUACUAGAAAGGAGCCACAACAAGGAUGUCGCAGUCCUCUCGGAGCAGGAGGAAAAAAGGUAAAACAAGCUGAGGGCGGUUUGAAUUUUGUGGAGGAAAGCGAAAAAAUAAUGGAGGUUUUAGUGGAAGACAACGAAUCAUUUUUGGCAUUGGGGAGAAAGCUUGACAAGAUCCACGCCCAAGGAAAAUGGCAAGAUACUAGCAGAGAGAAGCUCGUUUUAGAUCAGACGGCGCUGACGGAUAUUAAGCGUGGCCUUCGUACAGCCGGUGAAGAUAAUGCAAAAAGUAGUGGCUCUUGGUUUUGUGACGGAUGGCGCUGUUUACCGACGGCACUACCGAUUGCAACAAUCGAUGGCCAUUUCUAUGAUCCAUCAUUGACAUCGGGAAGAACCCAUUUGUGUACAAGAGCUGCCAAAAACUCGAAGCCUACGCUUACGACCACACCUCGACAUCCUGAGGGUCAUCUUUUUUCUGCGACUGCGAAUGACGACUCUUGUUGCAUGGUUUGCUGGUCUAAUAUUUCGAAAUUGUUGUAGAGUGGUGGCAGAUCCUGCUGGUCUCAAAAUCCUCCAAAGUCACAACUUGGGGAGAUGGAGCGGCGACAUCUGAACGGAGAGAAGCGCCACAUUUGUAUAAAUCAGCGAGGACAACAAAUGGUGGGUCAGAGGACCAGGGCAUGGUGCGGGUCAGAGGACCGGAUUACUCUCAAUCGUUCACAGAUGAUAUGCCGAACGAUUUAGAAUGACAUGGUAUGCCGAAAGAUUUAGAAUGACGUUUACCGGAGUUUGGUGAAGGUUCGGUGACAUCACAAUCUCUAGGCACUUCUGUGUCCUGGCUGUUGUUUAGUCUCCGGAAUAGAGCGUGUACUUGAGACUAUGAUGUGAGACUCCUGCCAUUCCAUAGGUAGCGGCUUAACCAGAUCAGAAAGGAUUUUGGGACGAACGCCUGACAGCCCGUCGUCCGCCUUCGCGCUCAUCCGUGGCGCGUGGUCAAUCUAGAUAAGUAAGACUAGUCGAUCGAGCACAGGAUCCAGAACGUCACAGCUGGUCUUGAUCUGCAUUGGCAAGCGUCGGUGCGCGCUCCGAAGCCGCAGAAAUACACUUUUUAGAAAAUCUUCUUAGAAGAUUAUGGACAGCUCGAUCGAAAGAGGGAUUCAGAGGAACUGCUCAGAAGAAGAGAGCAAGUCAUAUCAUCUACGUAUUUCCAUAACGAUGGCGAAUACGUUUUGUUUAAUUCAUCUUCGUCUAUGCCACGGAAAAAUGCGGAGUGAUUAGCUCGUUUUCGUCCGGCGGGGGCGGAUCAAGGAAAACUAGUGAUUCAGCAUGACUCAAACUGAGUAAUAGGUGGAGUUUUUCUAAAACUUGAGAAUAGCUUGUUGGGGACAUAUAGAUAUGGACAAACCGCUUGUGCACGGGAUGUUCAAAAUGCGUUUCGUUAACCGGCAUCUUUCUCCCAAUGUGUAUCAAAUCAUUUUUAUAAGCGAAGGAGCAGUACCGUUCCGUGUGACUCUAGGAUGCUGUAAGAUUUGUUUCUAUUUCCAUUUCAGAAAUAUAGCUCCAGAAUAACAACUAUCUGCGAAACUUCACAAGCUCGAGAUUCGACCCUAGUAGAGUGGUAUUUCCGGGAAAACAUGCGGUGGAUGUAUUUCUCGUUCUUCUCCUUGUAAAUUCUGAAAAAAACGACGUGCUCGGAUUAGCACGUUCAAAAAAGCAAAUCUAAAUCAGGAAAUUCCGACCUUUACGAUCCUUAGAAUAUUAGGAGAUCUUUUACUCCUGAGAUGACCACAGCUGCAGGACGGAAUAUCAUUGAAGAUCAACCUCGAGUUCAGAGCCAUUUCCUACGAAGAAUAGAGGACUAACUAAGUGAUGAUCAGAUUUGAAAAUCGAGGAUGUUGACGUCGAAAAUUUUCGUACUCGGAUGUCUUCAACCACCGAUGCCGGUUCUAGAAGCCGGAAAGCGAUCCUUCUAAAGAUGUUGCGUCUAUGUUUGAUCAGACUCUGAAUAAGAUUUAGAUCAGAUUCAAAAUUUUCCAAGAAAGAUACCGGACGACCAGGA